CUCUUCUCAGCCUGUCUGGCGGCGGCAGCAGCAGCUCCUCCUCAGUGAUUCCCUCCGUCUCCUCUUCAACCCUCCGCCGCGCGUCCGGCGAGUGAAGAACUUGAGAAAAGAAAAGUCUAAUAUGUUGGGUCACGUUUGAAAGACAUGAAAAUGCCAGCAGUGGAGAGUGAAGCCAAGGCAAAAACUAAGGUUCGCUUUGAAGAAAUAUUCAGGAACCAUGCUGGCCUAGUGGAUAAAAGGGAAUUAAAGAAGAAACGAUUAAGCAUUUCUGAGAAUGUUGUGCUUGAGACGUUCAAAAAUCAUCUUGAUCUUACCCAAGAAAGUGAAAAUGAUGAGGUAAUUAUAAACAACACAUAUAACGAAGAGGAAAGGAGUCCACAGUUUACAAAAAACAAGCUCAGAGAUAAAGCCUCAGUUGCAGAAAAAAUAAAUAAUAAUGUUGUUAGUGGAGAGAAAAACAAGCAAACGAAGACUAACAAGAAGAAGAAAAAGGCAGUGUUACAAGAACAACUUAAUGAGGAAGAAAAGCUAUGUGAAACUAAGUUGGACAGUUUUGAAAAACAGAUUCAUGUUUUUUCAAAGCAAAAAGCAAAAAGUGUAUUACAGGCAGAUGCACUUCAUCAAAAAGAGGACAGCAACAUAAAAGAUACCUUGAAUAGAGUUAGAAAUACAUCUGAAUUAGAUGAGGAAGAACAGCUAAUUCAAGCCUAUGAGCAGCAAGUGGCUGAGGAAGAAGCAAACGCAAUUAAGAAGAAAAUAAAAAAGAAACUUAAAGAGCAGAUGUCUGAAUUCACCUCCAGUGUUCAAAGUCAUGAAGUGGUAUUGAACAAUGAAGUGAGCAAAAAGAAGAAAAAGAAAAAAGAAGUAGCUGCUGUAUCUGAAGCUCAAACAAGUGCAAUGUCCCUUUCUGAACUACAGAAUGAUGCAGAGGAAGAAAAUACCAGCAAAAAGAGAUCAUUGGAAAGACCACUCAUAUCAAAGUCUAAAAAGGAUGAUGUGUUAACAGAGGAACAGGAGCUGGAGGAGGAUAUUGAAAAACAGAUAUUUAAAGGAAAGAAAUCAAAAAGAAAAUGGAAAAAAGCCAUAGAAGAAAAUGGAGAAAACAAUGAAGAAACUACUUCACAUGAGGCUGCUGGAAGUGUUUCACCAGAAUUGAAACCCAUUUUUGAUGACAGCCUUGUUUUAGGUGUUUACAUCCAUCGAACUGAUCGACUUAAAACUGAUGUCAUGGUAUCACAUCCCAUGGUUAAGAUUCAUGUAAUUGAUCAGAAAACUGGUCUGUAUGUCAAGAAAGAGAAUAGCAGCCGGCCAGUUUCAUCUUUCUAUGAACAAGAGAAAGUGGGACAUAUUCUUCCCAUUAUGACCCAACCUUAUGAUUUCAGACAGUUUAAGUCAACUCUUCCGGAAUGGGAGGAACAAAUCCUAUUCAAUGAACGUUUUAACUAUUUACUUCAAGAUGCAGAAGGAAGCCCAAGAGUAAUCCUGUUUUUUGAGAUCCUUGAUUUUUUAAGCAUGAAUGAUGCAAAGGCCAACUUUGAUGUUCAAGUUCACGAGAGUGGCUUUCGGAAAAUCUGUUGGGCAUUUCUGAAGCUUGUAGGUGCAAAUGAAGUUCUAAAUGUUGGUGGAAAAAUACGUCUUCAACUAUAUUUUCCUCCACCAAGAACCAGAACACAACUAAAUGUUGUGGAAGUUUAUGAUUGGUGGGCAAAAUGUCCCAGAAACCAUUAUCCUUCGACACUGUAUGUAACUGUAAAGGGCAUUAAACUUCCAGAUCAUGUUGAUCCUUCUUUACGUUCUAUGAUGGCUGUUCAGCAAGAAUAUCAUUCCCCAUCUUUCCUGGACCUACAGAGUGAAAUAUCAAAAAAAGCUAAUAAUUCUGGGCCACAAGUGAAAAAGGAGGAGCCAUUUAAGUGGACAAAACUUCCUGGACAGGUUUGUCGCAUACCAAACAAGUAUCUGUUUUCCCUGCGAGCAGGAGAUUUGGGAUGUUUCUGUAUUCGCUUCUCUGAAGAUGGCCGAACAUUAGCAGCUGGUUGUGCAGGAAGAGAUGGUUAUCCUAUUAUUUUAUAUGAGAUUCCUUCUGGAAAAUACCUGAGGGAAUUUUAUGGACAUCUAAACAUUGUGUAUGAUCUUUGCUGGUCAAAAGAUAAUCAGCAUCUCCUUACUGCCUCCUCAGAUGGCACUGCAAGAAUGUGGAAAAUUGAAGCCCAGGCAACAUCAGCCAUGAAAGUUUUCCCUCAUCCUUCAUUUGUCUACAGUGCUAAAUUCCACCCAGUAGCUGAGUAUAUCAUAGUAACAGGAUGUUAUGACUCUGUGAUUAGAGCCUGGAAUGCAAAAGUGAAGGAAAUUCACGGGCAUCUUCUGCAAGAGUUCGAUGGUCACAGAGGUUUCAUCAAUACGUUGUGUUUUGAUGCAGAAGGAUUUCACAUGUUUUCUGGAGACAGCACGGGCCUAAUAAUUGUCUGGAAUACUUUUGUUAAAGAAAAUUCUCAAUCACCAAUCCAACACUGGGGCAUUGAUAAGGAAAUAAAAGUUGAUGAUAUUAAAGGGACAGCAAUCAAUCAUUUGGAGGUGCAUCCAAAUGGAAGACGUUUAUUGAUCCAUGCCAAAGACAGUACUGUGAGAAUUAUGGACCUGCGAAUCUUGGCUACAAAGAAAUACAUAGGUGCUACAAAUUAUCGAGAAAAAAUUUGCAGUACCUUAACACCAUGUGGAACAUUCCUUUUUUCUGGAAGUGAAGAUGGUGUAGCAUAUGUCUGGAAUCCAGAAACAGGUGAUCAAGUAGCCAUGUAUUCUGAUCUUUCCUUCACAUCUCCACUUCGUGAUGUUGCCUUUCAUCCACAUGAACAUAUGGUGUCAUUCUGUGCCUUCGGUCAAAACCAACCAAUACUUGUGUAUAUUUACGAUUACAAAGUUGCCCAGCGGGAAGCUGAACUCGUAAAAGAUCUGAGUGGAUUACAUUUAUUUACAUCAUCCAGAGGUCCACAGAUCCUUAGCAAUUGUGCUGAUACUUCUGCCCAGAAUGAUUCAAUAAUGUCUCCUGCUGACCAGUUUGCAAAUAUUGCAAGGGUAUCUAUGAGGAUGCAAAAAGUCAAACAAAAGCUGGAUUCUGUUGCGGCCAGCUCCAGUCCAUUGCUUCCUAGCCCGUCUCUUCUGUCACCACACUCCAAAUUAAGAUUGGCAAGUACACUGGGCGAACGACGGAUCCCUCUGCAUUCUCUUCCUACUCGAAGUGGGAGCUUUGUCCCAGUAGGAAAUCCUUUUAGCCGAACGCCUUCUGCUGGACUACAUACGAAUGCUGAGUUUACAGCAGCAGCAUACACCAAAGGAGAUGCUAGUUCAAUACCUGUCCAAGAAACAGUAGUGGCUCUUUAUGACUACACAGCGCAUCGAUCAGAUGAGCUAACCAUCCAUUGCAGUGACAUUAUCCAAGUGUUAUACAAAGAUAAUGAUAACUGGUGGUUUGGCAGCCUAGUGAAUGGACAGCAAGGCUAUUUUCCAGCGAAUUAUGUGGUUGGUGAAACACAAUAUGAAGAACAGCUGUCUCCCAGAUUAGCAGACGAUUCUGCUCCUCUUAUAUCCAGUGACCUGGCAGAAGCAGCAUCUCCAACAAUGCUUGGGAUGUCAGCCGUCAUCAGCAAAUCAGGAGACCAAAAAUUUAUUACAGAGAAUGACAUAGACAACGUGGCCACACAAGGUACAAAAAGAAAAACACAGAAGAAGGGCAUACAAAUGGACGAAAAAGAAUACAAGGCAGAUGUAAUUACACUUGACAACUUUCCAUCUAAUAAUGUUGAGGAUGAACCUAAGAAAAUCAUGAUGAUGAAGAAGAGGAAGAAAAGGGCUGUCAAAACUGCAAGUGGAACAUCAAAUGAUGCCUUCCAGCUAGACUCUCCUAAUACAUAGUCCCCAUUUUGUUCCUGGGAUACAAAUAAUAUGGAAAACUAUGAAAUUACUGUUUGUUCUGGAAUGGUGAUCUCACUUGGUUGAGAACAUGAAGAAUUGUUAAAUACAUAAAUUUACCCCCAAACCAGUAGAGAUUUAUCAUGGCAUGGAGAAGCCAAGGGGAAGAACAUGUACUGAAUGUUCCAUUGAAAUUAAAAACGAGUUAAAGACUUGACUAUUUUUUGCCAGUAGAAAGAACUUGGAAAUGUCUCAAUAUCUAAUAAAAUAUUCAAGUCAGUGAGAUGAAGUAGCCUAAGAAUUCUAAGUUAUAGAGUACCAUCAUGGGUAAGGCAGCACAACUGCCCUUAAGUUGAUUGUAGUCUAUAAAUUAAAGGAAAGCAACUUAACUGGGACAGAAACAUGUCUGGUGUUGGUACAAAUAAAGUAGCACAGCAUUUUGUCCUUAAUAUGUGAAGGAGUUUAAGCUUAUAAAAAUAAGCCCAAAAUACUCUUUGAUUUUUCCUGCUACUCAUAUACUUAGGACUACAAUCUCACAUACUGAUGUGCAUCUGCAAAUGAAUUAUAAUAAAUCUCAAUCUUUAUAUGAGUAAAUAGCAGCCACCAUCACUAAGGGAUGCAAGCAAUAAAUUUUUGUAUGUUGGUUUUUAAAAUGAAAACUUUUCAUAGAUUUUUAAUACAAAAGGUUUUAGAAAAUUCUGUUUUGCUGCACUGAAAAGCAGCAUUGCCAAAUUUGUUCUACUUUUAUUUUUUUAACAACUGUUUGACAUCAAUAUGUGGGUGGGGUACUGUUUUGUGUAACAUCUGUUUAUGCUCAGGUGUAACUGUUUUUAAAUUAUAAAGCAUUAAGUUGUGAAUGACUUACUAAUGAUGAUUUCCGGUAGCUUUAUUUACGAUCCUCUCGUGUAUAUAUGUUGACUGUGGGUGUCCAGGUUAUUUAUACUGUGUUAAGAAAUUCUGCCCCCUUCCUUUCUGAAGCAAUAAAUAACAUAAAUUUAGAAACCCCUUUUUUUAGUAGUCAUGGCAUUUGAUUCCAUUAAAAAAAAGAAGUGAAAAUAACCAUGUCAACCACUGAUGUGCAAAAUAACACCCAGAUGCAAAGGAAUAAAUUUCAAAUAUUAUAGUAUAUCCCUGCAUGUGUUUAGUAGGCGUAGAGUGCAUAAACAUAUUUCUCUAC